UGAAUAUUACAUAAUAAGCUGCUUAUUAAACAUUUAAUUUUACUCAAUAUGUCGCUUCUCAUUUGAGAGCCUACAGCCAAUCCAUGAUAUCGUGUGAAAACGAAAUGAUAAAUAUAAUGUCUGUAGGUUUUCGUGCAGAAAUUACAUUUAUCAUGUCAAGUUCAUUCAAAGACACAAUAGAGAUUGAAAUGUGUUUGCUAUUUAUUUGAAAGCAGAAUUAAAACUUUAUUAUUAGUUUAACAAAUGUAUAAUAAAACAUUUUUUUUUUAAUUUUGCGCAUGAUAUCGUAAAUUCUACCAAAUCACGGUGACGUCACUUCCGGUUAACAUGAGAUGCACACGUGCUGCCGUGGAUGCUCAGUACACAAAGCUUAGCCGUGGAGUUCGGAUCUCUUCGAAUCCUUCGAAGUUGUGGAGACUUUAUCGAUAAUAUUUUUCACUUCAUUCAUUAGGUAAGAAGUUUAAUUUGGGAUAUUUUUACUUUAUCUUCUUUUAUCUUCUUUCGUUUUAGAUUUUUCAAGUCAUAUUUAUGAUGCAAACUCCGUCCAAGCGAAUCUGAUUGUAAGUCGAGUGCUUCAUGCCUCACUUACACCGCCGAAAUUUAUGCAUCCUAGGCGGUUUUUGGGAAAGAGAGUCAUAGUUUCCCGAGUUCCAACCAUAGUUCUGCGAAAUAUUCAUUAUUUUGCUGGAAUAAACUAAUGGUUGCUCCCUACUGGUUUAUUUUCCAGUAAAUUUAUUUCAUGGCGGACGACACGAGGGGUUCACCUCCGCCAUCUUGGAAAGAUGAGAUGUUGGGAAUGUUCAACACAUUCAAACAGGAGAUCACUAAUCAGAUUCAGGAGCAGCUUGGACCUGUUGACGACUCAGAUUCUGAACACAGCGUUUCCUCAGGAGAAAAGGACAGGGAUUCGUCACAAGUCAAUAACCUUCUCGACGAUUAUGUGGGUAAUACCACUUCUGGUUUCGACAAUCUUGCAGAUGAAUUCUCUACAUCAGAUAAGACUGGACCAGCCGUUGAUUCUAAAUUAGCCACCAUGGUGGAGGAACUGGUUAAAGAAAAGCUACCCAAGUCAAAACUCGACGAUUUGAUGUCAAAAUAUCUUCGACCAGAAAAUUGCAAAUUGCUGGUCUCRCCCAAAGUCAAUAGAGCUGUUUGGAAUCAGUUAAGCCAGAAUACCAAAGCCACAGAUAGGGCUUUUCAAAAGUCUCAACAGUAUUUUAUUACUGCCGUGUAUGCCAUGAUGUCUGCCUGCGAGAAGGCAACAGGAGAGAUGAAGUCUGUUCUUGCACACUCUUUAGUCCUUGCCUUGGCAGGUAAUCGAGAACUGAACCUUCGCCGGCGGGAGUCCUUAAGGCCUGAAUUGAAUUCGCAGUUUGCUUCGCUUUGCAACCCUACUACGCCGAUUACAGAUCAGCUGUUUGGGGAUGACAUUGGAAAAGAAAUUGACGAGGUAAAUAAGGCAAACAAGCUUUCAAAGAAAAUGUCAUCCAAGAGAGGCAGUCGUAAAGGUUAACACCCCUACAACAGCCAAAGCCGGCAAAGAUCCUCUUCAUCUUCAAGAGAUGGCAGAGCUUAUGGCUCAAGGUCUUUUUUAGGAGAGAGAAGCUCCUAUCGCAGGAGGGGAGGAGCCAGACUACGCACUCAGACCGACAAAGAGUCUCAUCAAUAAUUUCCAGAGCUCAGGUUAGUUACAUAACUCAAAUUCAUGCUAUUAUUGGGUCAGAGACACCAUUUAGAGCUGGCCAAUUACAACACUGUUUAGAGGAAUGGAAAACAAUUACCUUGGACCCCUUUGUCUUACAAUGUGUGUCUAAUUGUGAACUUGAGUUUGAUUGCAUUCCUAUGCCAUCAAAUGGCUCUUCAAGUUCCUUACACCCAGAAUUCAAAUUCACAUUGACAGARCAACAAGCUGUUGAUAGAGAGAUUGACACCUUUUUGGAAAAGCAAAUUAUUGAACGGUGUCAGUCAGAACGUGGGGAGAUUAUUUCACCUAUAUUUCUAAUACCUAAGAAGGAACCUGGGGUCUACAGAAUGAUUUUCAAUUUAAAGUCCCUUAACCAAUCAGUGACUUACCAUAACAAUAUCCAUACCAAUAUCUCCUGCCUAUAGAAUGUUUCUCAAGUUUGCAUGGAGGGGAUACCUGUUUCGAUUUCGGGCCCUACCAAUGGGGUUGACAAGUAGUCCACGUAUUUUUACGAAGGUCCUCAAACYUGUUUUUUCCACUUUACGAACUCAAUAUGGACAUAAUUGCCUGGGAUAUCUUGAUGACUCUUUCUUCACGGACGAUACUGAAGAUGCCUGUCGUGAGGCUACCAUACAUGCAGCUCAGCUGUUUACUCGUCUAGGUUUUGUCAUUCACCCAACCAAGUCUAUAUUCAAUCCUACACAGUCAUUAGAGCUUUUGGGUUUCGUGUUAAAUUCUGACACCAUGACGGUUUGUUUGACCCCAAGGAAGAUUGAGAAAAUUGUCCUUAUGUGUCAGAAGUAUUUAUGUGGACAGGCAUAUACCAUUCGAGAAGUUGCAUCAUUGAUAGGAACUUUGGUAUCAACAUUUUCUGGGGUGGAGUUUGGCCCGCUGUAUUAUAGAAAUUUAGAAUGGGACAAAGAUGUGUCCMUAAAAGCUACCCAAGGGGAUUUUGAUGAGAAAAUGUCCCUUUCCAGGGAAAGUCUCCAAGAAUUAGAAUGGUGGGUCAGUUCCCUCCCUGCUGCAAGGAGAAACAUUGUGCAUGGUAUCCCAACCAUGAUUCUUACGUCUGACGCAUCUUCUGUGGGUUGGGGUGCUUGGACUUCCCAAAGUCAAACCCAAGGUCUAUGGUCCC